AUGGGUAAGGUCCUUAUUUUGAAUGCGGAAGAUAUAUCAGAUGAAUGUACAAGGUGGUUUGAUGUGCAAUGUAAGACAGAAGAUAUGCUUAAUAAUUUAAAUAAAGAAGGGAUUAAAGUUAAUGCUGUUGUCACAGAUUGCACAUCUCAAUAUGAAGCAGCAAGACAUUGGAUUAUUUACUAUUAUAAAAAUUGGUUCAAUAAAUCUCUGAAUUCAAUUCUAUCUGAAUUGCAAUAUUAUGAAAGCCAAGAAUACCUUUUUAAUCAAGAAACUUUUAACCAAUUUGGUAGUGAUGUGCUAAAAUAUUGGAAUUUUUGCAAAGGAAUUGCUCCAGAAUUACAUCUUGUAGCAAUAUAUAAACAAAACAUUGCAAUUCCAGUUGAAGAAAAUGAUGAACAAACGAGUUUAGAUGAAGACACAGAAGAAGAGCAAUUAAUUAGUCUAUCAGAAAAUGAUAUGGAUUUAGAAAAUCCUGGAAAGCAAAUUCAGAUGAAUGUUAAGGAGAAAGUUGAAGAUGACUUAAAUGAAUCAGAAAGUCUGUCUAAAUUAUAUUUUAAUGAAGUAGAAUUUCAUCCUGUAGAUGACUUUACAGCCAAGUAG